AUUUUUUUUUUCUCUCUCUCUUUUUUUUUUCAUUUUUUUUUCUCCAUUCCUUUUAUUAUUUUUUUUUUAUUUCCUUUUUACUUGAUGGAUACCGAAUCUAGUAAAGACACACCAAUAAAGAGUUGGUGGAGAAAGGUCACACAUAAUUCAAACAAUAAGCCAACUUCUUCUCAAAAGCAAGAGGAUCAAAUCUUUGGUGUCCCCUUGCAAGAUAGUUUACGUUGUGCUCGAGCUGCUAUUGCUUAUGUCGAUAAUGAUAUUCAAUAUGUUGGUUUUAUUCCUGUCAUUGUUGCUAAAUGCGGCUCUUUUCUUAAAGACCAAGGUCUUUAUACUGAAGGUGUGUUCCGUAUGAGCGGCAGUGCUAAAAGAAUUGGUCAACUACAACAUAUAUUCAAUACACCACCUGAUUAUGGAAGACAAUUAGAUUGGAAAGGCUUUUCAGUACACGACGCUGCUAAUGUUCUUCGACGUUAUUUAAACUAUUUGCCUGAACCAGUCAUUGUACAUCAACUUUAUCAACCUUUUCGCGAUGUUAUUUUAACAGAUAAUACAAGUGAUGAGGAAAAAGUGUCUCAGUUUCAGAGUUUGAUAGAACAAUUACCAGAACAUCAUCAGUAUCUUUUGUUUUAUUUGUUGGAUUUGAUUUCACUUUUUAGUCAAAAUGUGCAAAUUACGAAAAUGGAUACAUUUAAUCUUGCUUCAGUUUUUACACCUGGUAUGCUUUUGAAUCCAGAACAUGCAUUAAAUCCAGCUCAAUAUAAAACAUCACAAAGGGUAGUUCAAUUUUUAGUAGAACAUCAACAUUGUUUUAAGAUGCCUCGAUCUUCUCGUUUCACUAUGCUUAAUCAACAACAAAAAGAAACAGAAACUGAAACAAAGGAUCAGCAUAAUGAAAUCUCAAAUACAACUGAAACUGUCACAAAUAACAUAACCAUCACAACAUCACCUCUUUCUGCACCUCAUCGUCAUAAUAGUCAUCCCACGUCAUAUAACACUACUCAUACUUUCAACACUACUAAUACUAAUAAUAAUACUAAUAAUAAUACUAUUAAUAAUACCUCUAAUCACCCUUAUCAUCAUCACCAUCAUCAUCAUCAUCAUCAGAAAUCAGUGGAUUGGACAGGUAUCUUGGCAUCUUCAUCAAACUCAUCAAGACCUUUGUCUGUUAUCAUGUCAUCCGGUAAAGAACAAAGAGUAAAGAGAGCAAAGACAAUGCCUUCAAGGAGAUCAAGAUAUGGUCCUAAUGAUCCCUUACAAAUCGUUCAACUUAACAGAUCCAUCAUUGAAGCUGGCCAUAAUAAAUAAUCAUAUUAGUAUAGUCCUUUAUAUAGUUUUUUUUUUCUCUCUUUUAUACGCUUACAUUUAUAGUUAAAUCUUUCAAUUAUAUACACAUACAAAUAUAUUAAAAUAAAGAAAAAAAAUUUGCAAUUGAAGCAAAAAGAAAAGAAA